AUGCGUUCAAGCGUUCUAACUGUCCUCCCUGUUUUCUCAUCUUAUGCUCUCCAAAUCCCGCGCUUCUUCAAUCUCCAAGUGUUAUCAUGCUCACCAAACCUCUCUUCAACUUCCACAAAACACGACCCAUCUCUCCUCGCGGGUCUACCCACAACCUCAGUGCCGAUUCCUGAGUCAAAUCACUUAAACGACUUCCACUCAGACCAUUCUUUCUGCUCUUACGCCCUCAAAGUCUUAGCCAAAUGGCCCAAAUUUGGUUUUCUUCAGAAAGGAAAACAAAUACAUGCACACAUAAUAAAGUUAGGACUACACAACAAAUUAUCCUUGCAAAAUCAAAUAUUACAUCUUUAUGUUAAAUGCAAGGAGUUUGAUGAUACAGGGAAAUUGUUUGAUGAAAUACAUGUGAGGAAUGUUGUGACGUGGAAUACAGUAAUUUGUGGGGUUCUUGGUUGUGGUUUUAACUUCAAGUCAAGUCCGUAUCUGGGUUUUCUUUACUUAAAGAGAAUGCUGUUAGACAAUGUGGGUUUAGAUCAGAUAACGUUUAAUGGUUUGCUUCGUGCGUGUGUUGAAAUAAAUGAUAUUGAGAUGGGUUGGCAACUGCAUUGCUUUAUAGUGAAAUUGGGUUUUGAUCUGAAUUGUUUUGUUAGCAGUGCUCUUGUUGAUUUGUAUGGGAAAUGUGGUUCAGUUGAAGAUGCGAGGCGGCUUUUUAAUAAAGUUGUGUGUAGAGACUUAGUCUUUUGGAAUGUGAUGGUGUCUUGCUAUGCCUUGAAUUGUUUGGCAGCUGAGGUUUUUCGGGUAUAUGACUUGAUGCUGUUGGAAGGUCAGAAGGGGGAUGAAUUUACAUUUUCUAGUUUGCUCAAUGCAUGUGGGACAUUGAGAUCUUCUGAAUUGGGGAGGCAGAUUCAUGGCCUAAUAAUUAAACAGUUUUUUGAUUUAGAUGUUUCAGUGGCUAGUGCACUCGUUCAUAUGUAUGGCAAGUGUGGAAAUAUAGAUGAUGCUCGCAGAGUUUUUGAUGCUAUGGCUUCUAAAAAUCUUGUUUCAUGGAAUACCAUGAUUGUAGGUUAUGGUCAAUAUGGAGAUGGAAAGGAGGCUAUGAGACUUCUCAGAGAUAUGUUUCAAAGAAAUUUUCACCCAGAUGAACUUACCCUGGCUAGCAUUCUUAGCUCAUGUGGCAAUUUAUCCAUCAUUUGUGAAACCAUGCAAGUUCACGCUUAUGUGGUUAAAUAUGGAUUUCAAGCUUUCCUAUCCGUUGGAAAUGCUUUGAUAAAUGCAUACUCCAAAUGUGGUAGCAUUGCUAGUGCAUUUAAAUGUUUUAGUUCAGUCACAAACCCCGAUCUUGUUACGUGGACUUCAAUUAUUGGUGCACAUGCAUUCCAUGGCCUUUCUAGAGAAAGUAUUGAGAUUUUUGACAGGAUGUUAUCUGGAGGUAUAAGGCCAGAUCAAAUUGCAUUUUUAGGAGUUCUUUCAGCCUGUAGCCAUGGUGGGCUAGUUGACGAGGGGCUGCAUUACUUUAAUUUGAUGAUCAAUGACUAUCAAAUUAUGCCAGAUUCAGAGCAUUAUACUUGUCUCAUUGACCUUCUUGCUCGAGCUGGUCUGCUACAUGAAGCUUAUAAUAUAUUGGCAUCAAUGCCUUUUGAACCUAGAUCUGACACUUUUGGAGCAUUCAUCGGGGCAUGUAAAGUUCAUGGAGAAGUAGGAUUAGCAAGAUGGGCUGCAGAGAAGCUGUUUCAGUUGGAGCCUUACAAGCCAGUGAGUUACACUCUUGUAUCUAACAUGUAUGCCUCUGAAGGGUAUUGGUCUGAUGUGGUGAGAAUACGCAAAAAGAUGAGGGACAAUUGUAAUUAUAAAGUUCCAGGUUGUAGCUGGAUGGAGAUUGCUGGUGAAAUUCACACCUUUGUAUCAAGUGAUAAAUCCCAUCCACAAGCUGUACACAUUUAUGCUAUGUUGGGAACAAUGUUCGGCCUUGAGGAGGAUAAAAUUGUUUCCAGUGCCUAUGUAUUUGACUGUGACCUGGAUGAAUGUGGGUUUAACAUUCCCGGCUAACCUAUUGCUUUUAAUUUGAAGAAUGAGAACUUCAAGCAGUUUUGUUUCUUUCAUGACUUCCAGUUUGCUUCUCUUCUUGAGGUCUUUGAUUGGUAGAUUUCCCUUCAAAUUCUGGCAAUCUUCAACUAACUACAGAAUAUUGUCAAUGUCCUCUCCAAUUUGUGGUAAUGUUGAUUGAUUUAAACUGUUGAAAAUCUUUACUUUAACUACAG